CAGAGGGAGGGAAGUGAGAGACCAGUCUUUUGGAUUUCUCAUUAAUUCAGUGUGGCCCUCUCUUUCAGUUUUUUUUUAAAGCCCGCCCACUGACCAUUAUCAGCUCAGGCCUUAUAUAUGCAGCCUGUCGCUGUUGUUUGUGAGUACACUUUCCAGAGCUCAAACCCACAGCCGGACCGCAACACUGCCACCACCAUGAGAGAGUUCAAGAGCAAGGACUUCUGGAGGGCCGUUCUGGCCGAGCUGGUUGGCAUGACCCUUUUCAUCUUCCUCAGCAUCUCCACAGCUAUUGGGAACGCCAACAACACCAACCCAGACCAGGAAGUCAAGGUGUCACUGGCCUUCGGAUUGGCAAUCGCCACGUUGGCUCAGAGUUUAGGCCACAUCAGCGGAGCCCAUCUGAAUCCCGCGGUCACCCUCGGGAUGCUCGCCAGCUGCCAGAUCAGCGUGUUCAAGGCGGUCAUGUACAUUGUGGCCCAGAUGCUGGGUUCAGCCCUGGCCAGUGGCAUUGUGUAUGGAACACGUCCAGAAACUACUGGUGGACUGGGGCUCAACACUCUCGCUGGUGUCACUCCCAGCCAAGGCGUGGGCAUCGAGCUCCUGGCAACCUUCCAGCUGGUGCUGUGUGUCAUUGCAGUCACUGAUAAAAGGCGGCGUGAUGUCACUGGCUCGGCACCCUUGGCCAUUGGCCUCUCGGUCUGCCUGGGACACUUGGCAGCGAUCAGCUACACAGGCUGCGGCAUCAAUCCCGCUCGCUCCUUUGGUCCGGCUUUGAUCCUGAACAAUUUCACGAACCACUGGGUGUACUGGGUGGGGCCGAUGUGCGGCGGCGUGGCGGCGGCUCUCACGUACGAUUUCCUGCUGUCCCCCAAAUUCGAUGACUUCCCCGAGCGUAUGAAGGUCCUGGUCAGCGGCCCGGUGGGUGACUACGACGUUAACGGCGGCAACGACGCUACAGCUGUGGAGAUGACGUCAAAAUAGUCCCAUGCGGACAUAAGCCACUUAGUUUCAUUGUACAUGUCUAUACUCCUGUAAAAAAUUCAAAAAAAAAGAAGAAAGCUAUUGAAUUUAGCGUAGGAAGUCAGUGUUUUUCGUGCUGUUGUGAAAUACCAAUGAGGAGUGCGGUAAUGGGUCAGUUAGUGUCUCUUUUUCUAAUUCACUCCUGUUCUUUUGACCCCCCACACACAACACAGCUCGGGCAUACAAGUUCGAUGUUGUAACGAUGUUGGCAAGUUUGUUGAAAUUUUUGUCCCAUAUCAGUAUUCUAUGAUGAGCCAUUUUGGGGUUUUUUUUUGUUUUUUUUGUAUACUUUGUGUGCCUGUAUCACUUUUUAUUUUCUGAUGGAUAAUGUAUUGUGUGUGCACUAUUGAAAUGUCUCUCACUUUUUUUAAGUAAAUAAAACACUCGCUGUUAACAGAU